AUGAUAGGUACAAGAAUAGGUAAAUUGGUAGUUGCAACGGUUGCAGCAGCAGGUGUAACCCUACCAGCAGCAUGGUAUCUAAGAGAGAAUAUACUGUAUACCGAGCAGUUGGAGGAUGAACUGCAGAGACAGAUCGAUGUGACAAAGACACACAUUCAAAAGACUGACGACAUGUUGAGACAAGUGACAGAGUUGAAUAGUCGGACAAGCGUGAUGGUUCAAAAGAAUCAAGAGACGAUCGACGAGUUGGCAUACUAUCGGUCAAUGUAUGGAGUGGACCGCUUUGACGGGAUGCCUGCCGAGCACGGGUCACCUCGUCCAACAGCACCAAUCCACGCACAAUUGAUGCAGUAUGGACUGCCUAGUAAUGCAAACCUAUGGUUCUACGAUCAGUUUAUUGUUAGCACAAAUGCUGAGCGUCGUGUGCCCAACUGGGUGAUACAACUUAUCGAGCGUGGCGAUCACCAAGAUAAACCAAAGACGAGUGAUCGUAAGAAAUCUGGGUUCAACAACAACACUCCCCACAUUUCUAUGCUCAACCGUGCCAACAACAAAGACUACCUCGGUAGCGGGUGGUCGAGAGGUCACAUGGUUCCAGCUGGAGACAUGCAAAUGUACAACCAAUUGGCCAUGAACCAAACCUUUUUACUCAAUUCAAAUAUAGUACCACAAGACCUCCAAAACAACGUUAAUUUCUGGUACAGAUUAGAGGUGUUUUGCAAGUCUGACUUGGCCAAACAUUUUGACAACGUCACUGUUGUUUCUGGACCCGUCUAUGUACCAAACUUGGUCGAGCCAAUCCCAGGUGUAGUAGACACACCAGGUGCAAGAUUCCCAAAGAAAAAAGAACGUCGUUAUCUCAAACAUGAAGUGAUUGGAGAAAAUAAUGUAGCAGUACCAACCCAUUUAUUUAAAGUAAUCCUUGCUGAAAAGACACUAGAUCAACAACUUCAAGACAAAGAAAAGAGUAAUGGUAAUGGUACGGAAAAGAGUAAAUUGGUUGUUGGAGCAUUCAUGGUACCAAAUGAACCAAUCCCUUCAACUGCCAAACUAGAGGAUUAUGAAGUAUCAUUGGCAACACUCGAAAAGUUGUCUGGACUCGAAUUCUUUGGUCGUCUUCGAAACUCUCCCUAUCUCCAUCCAGACCCACUCUGUGAAGAAUUCCCAUGUUCAGUCAUGACUGAACUAGAUCUUGAAACAUGGAAUAUCCCACGUCGUAUUGGUUGGUCCAGAUCCCAAAAAGACCUUGACCUCGUAUUGACCGACAUUCAACAAAAAAAUAUUCCAACUACUCCACAAAUUUCAAAAGCUCUUGAUGAUAAAUUAUUAGAAUUUGAAAAGGAAAAGGAAAAGGAAAAAUCAAAUCAAAUCAAAUCAAUCUAA